GAUGAACUUUGAUCGAAUCUGCUUUGUGUUCGUUAGAGAGCUUCCACCACUUCUUCACCGACUGAGAUUGUCCGAGUUAUAACCAAGCAAACCCUGAAGAGACCCAAUGAUAUUCGUGUAAUAGAGCACACACCACUGGAUAGGCUAUGGUUUGAAAUGUACAAUAACGAGUAUCAGACAAAAAUGGAAGGAAUCAGAUACUAUCAAAAGGAAGGAGAGAAGUUCAAAUUGUACAAUAAUUUGAACUCCUAUGUUAUAUUUGAACAUGACUCAUCGACAGGUGUAGGCCAAUGGAAGAGUGGAACAAAACAGUUGGAUAACUUCAAUGGGAAAUCGAAAAAAAUGUUUGAAACACUACGGUAUGAUGAGAGCAAUUAUAAUCCGAAGAUGAUGUACCACCUGGAUGUGUCCAGGUCUCAGCACGCAGAAAGAACAUUGCUAAUGGGUUCCAAGUGGACGAAAAUAUAUGGAAAUUCUCGGACCAACUUGAUAUGUGUUGAAGAGGAAGAGCUAGCUAGAAGAGAGUUCUUGAAUAAUAAUACUCUAUAUCUCACAAAAGUAUCUGAACAAGGAAGUGGAAACAAUAAGAAUAAAUUCCAUGUUGACUUCAAUCUCUUGACGCUUAAAAUUUGGAACUGCACUGAUAAAGACAAUAGCAAACUGUCAUUAUAUGGAGUGAUGAAUACUUUCACAAUAAAACAAUUAUAUGACUACAAUUAUAAUGACUACAACCGGGUUACACUGAAAGAAAUAAAAUUUUAUGAUGGAGUGACUGUCUUACAUGGCAAGGUUCCUGGACAAUUAGAUAUGGAAGAUUAUUAUGAAUUUACAGAAUUCAAAUAUCUCGAUGUAGCUGAUAUGAGUUCGGUGAAGUUUGAAGGAAGCAUAGAGAUGGCUUCAGGCAGUGGGCUGGCUCAAGUGAGCACAACGUGA